AUGGUUGAGCCUUAUUGUGUAGUUAAAAUUCUACAACUUGGAGCUAGCAUUGAUGAUAUUGUAGCAGAAUUCUUCGGAGAAGAAGAACAUAUUAAUAGUCAUAAAACAUGUUUUGAAGUUAAAACCAAUUUUGAAGGAGGAUGUUGA